AUGAAACUUUUCUUCAUUCUCUAUUUUCUGAUUUAUAUGCUGACAAGUGAAGUGUCCGGUGCCGACUCGUAUGCAGCAGCUGGAGGGAUUGGAGGAUCGGCUGAUUCACCUGAUUAUACAGCUAUAGGUGGAGGAGAUGCGGCCAUUCCUCUUCCAACUGAUAUCGCUGCACCAACUGAUUGCAUGUCUCGUUACAAAGCGGUUAAACGAAGAAAAGUAGUGGCUCGUCGGCGAAUCGCCGCCGCGAAACGUUUCCAACGUCGUCAACUUCGAAGAAAAUUGCAAGAGUUU